AUGACUGCAGGAUUCUCGACUUCGACAAAAGUAGAGCGGGCAAGGGGUCCUGUGGCGGCUCAAUAUGGUCAGCCGACUUGGAUGACUCACCCCCAUCUUAUGAAGGAAGGCGAGAUCACCCCGGGAUUGAGCGCACAGGAGUUUGAGCUCAGGAGGACGCUGUUGAUGCAGAGCUUGCCCAAGGGCAGUAUUGUCAUCUCGACCAGUCAUCGCACACGGUUCAUGACCAAUAAUAUUUUCUACCCGUUCCACCAGCAUACUGAUUUUUACUACUUGUGUGGAUUCAAUGAGCCGGAUUCAGCAUUGGUGCUUGAAAAGAACGAUUCUCCAAAGGGGUACAAGAUGACCAUGUUCGUAGCCCCCAAGAAUGCCAACAUCGAGAUGUGGGAGGGAGCUAGGACAGGAAUUGAGGCCGCCAAGGAGGUCUUUGGAGCCGACGAGGCAAUUGAUGCGAAUUUGUUCAGGUACAGGAUCAUUGAUAUGGCCAGUCGCUACGAGAACGUGUACUUUGACUACCCAAGCCCGUCGAUGUUCAUGCCUAUGGACAUUGCCAAGAAGUUGCAUAACAAGCCAGAUUCGGAUGCUAUGGCGACCACCAAGUCACUCUCGCCUCAGAUCCAGGAGAUGCGUGUCGUCAAGUCUGAAGCUGAGAUCAAGAUUAUGCGCCAGGCUGGUGAAAUCAGUGGCAAGGCCUUUAUCGAGACGAUGAAGUUCACUAACCCAAAGAGAUUGGAGCACCAGGUGUACGCUCGCUUCGACUAUGAGUGCAGGAUGAGAGGUUCACAGAUGAUGGCCUAUGUGCCUGUGGUUGCAGGAGGAUCAAACGCCUUGACGAUGCACUAUGUCAACAACGACCAGCCCCUGCACGACGGCGACUUGUUGCUGAUGGAUGCUGGUGGAGAGCUCAACGGAUAUGCAAGUGAUAUCACCCGUACCUGGCCUGUCAAUGGCAAGUUUACAGAGGCCCAGAAGGAUCUCUAUGGUGUCGUCCUCCACGCCAACAAGGAGUGCAUCAAGCUUUGCACAGAGGAACAUGGUUUGACAUUGAACCAGAUCCACGAUGUGUCCAUGCGUUUGACCAAGGAUGGACUCGCUCGUCUCGGAAUCAAGCCCUUGCCACACGAUGUGGAUCGGAGGUUAUACCCUCACCAUGUUGGCCACUACUUGGGCAUGGAUGUUCACGAUACUGGCGAUAUUUCUCGAUCCCGGCCUUUGAGGGAAGGCAUGGUCAUCACCAUUGAACCUGGUCUAUAUAUUCCACGGGACGCAGCGUACCCAGAAAAAUACCAGGGCAUCGGUAUCCGCAUCGAGGACAAUGUCGCGAUCGGAAAGACAGUGCCCCAUGUCCUGAGUGUCACGGCGCCCAAGGAGAUUGUUGAUAUCGAGUACUGCUGCGCCUCGUCCGCCGAGAGCGAUUAA